CCUUAGAACUAUGCAUAAAAAAUAUUUUUAAAAAGAAGGGACAUUACAAAUUUAGAUGCAAUGAAUUUCUUGUUGCUUCUCAAUCUGCAAGGUUGCAUAGCAAACACUAAAACUUGGUCUCGACGGGCAAGUAAACAUUCCAACUUUGUGUAUGCACAUUUUAGAUACCUCAACAUCAGUUGAAUACUCCAACUUUCAAAAUCAAUGUGCCGUAGGUGUCCAUGAAACACAACAGGGACGAGUUGGAGUAUUCAGUGGCAAGUUGAGACUAAAUUGAGGUGCGCCCUCUCAAAAUUGGAGUGCUUAGUUUGCCAGGUGAGGUCAAGUUUUGAGUUAUGUAUUUAAUGAACGAGUGAGUAAUUUGUUUUGUCUGCAUAAUCUCAUUCAGAUUUUUGUCACUUUUCAUCAUCAUGGAAGGGGAAGCAUCAUGGUUCAGUCAUUGCCCUGAUUACGCCACAAAUGAUGCUGUUGAGCUUAAAGACGAAUACAAUGAACAAGUUUCCUCUGUUCUUGUAGAUUUGAUAUUGCCUGAUGACAUACUAGACCGAAUUUUUGCUCGUCUUCCUAUUGCUAGCAUCUUUAGGGCAGGUUGUGUAUGUAAAAGAUGGCAUGAGAUAGUGAAAACAGGAAGAUUCUUGUGGAACUCAUCACGAUUGCUGUCUCGUAAACCGUGGUACUUUAUGUUCACAAGUUCAGAGAAACCAAUAGGCUAUGCCUAUGAUCCAACUUUUCAAAAAUGGUACGUUAUUGAACUCCCCUGCAUUUGGACAUCCAGUUGCUUUAUUUCAUCAUCUUGUGGAUUAUUUUGCUUCAUGGACAAUAGUAGAAGUGAUCAGCUAUAUGUUUGUAAUCCAAUAACAAAAUGUUGCAAGAACCUCGAGGUGCCACCGGGGUUCAAGUUUUCUGAUUACAAUGCAUUGGCUAUGGUUGUAAAUAGAAAAACGCGUUGUUAUAGUGUUACAAUUGUUAAAUCAAAGCACAUCCCUGAAAACUUCUUUCAAUGUGAUGUGUCCAUCCACAUAUAUGAUUCUGGAACAACGACGUGGAUGACCUGUUUAACUGAUGUUUUGACAGGAUGGAGAGGUGGGGAUGAAAGUGUUAUAUGUGAUGGUGUAUUGUAUAUCAUGAUUUAUUCAACUGGAAUUGGUGGUUCAGAAAAUCGUCACGGUUUAAUCACUUACAACCUCUCAAGCAGAUCAUGUACCAUGUUGAUGAGGAGUUUCAUUCCUGUACCAUGUUGUCUUACGUGUGGUCGUCUAAUGAACCUCAACGAAAAGUUAGUAAUGGUAGGAGGGAUAGGGAAGCGAGACUGUCCUGAUAUAAUUAAGGGGAUCGGAAUAUGGAGACUUGAUGGGAUGGAAUGGCAACAAAUAGCGCGAAUGCCGCAUAAGUAUUUCCAUGGUUUUGGGGAAUUUGACGAUGUUUUUGCCAGUAGCGGUACAGAUGACUUCAUAUACAUACAGAGUUAUGGCACACCUGCUCUUCUUGUUUUUGAUGUUGAGCAGAAAAUGUGGACGUGGUGUCGAAAUUGUCCUGUGAAAAAGAGGCUUCCCCUUCAGCUAUUCACUGGUUUUUGCUUGGAGCCAAGGCUUGAAAUGGUUCCAUAAUUCUUCUUUACAAAAUAUACUUUUGAGUUUUUGGUUUACCCUUUUUUUUCCAUUUAUUGCUCUUGGUACAAAGGUUUAUGAAAAGUUCUAUACAUGUAUAGUCAAGUGAGGUUUCUAAGUUAUCAAAUAAGAAUAUUGUGAUCAGGA